UUCCUCUCUCCCAUUUGAUCUCCAUAUGUUUCUUUAGAGAGAGAAAGUGAUAGAUCCAUUGUGUGUGAGAGAGAGAUGAAGAUGAAAAUGAUAAUAUGAGAGAGCUGUAUCCAAUCAUCAUCUCCAUGGUCCCCUCCUUUGUCGGCCAGUGCCAUCACCAUCUCCAUCAGUAAUGGGCAAGCUUGAAUUAUACAUCAAAACCAUACAAUAAACAUUUACAUACAUAUAGCUUUUUUUUUCUUUUUCUUUUUAGUUGUUAUAAAUGGCUGGAAUGCUCCCUGGAGUUGAAUGUGCCCGGAGGCGGCGGUUCCACCAAAGCGGAGGGUGGGCUGAUUCACCAAACACCAGCACGGGGCACGGCUGGACAAGGCGGCCGUCUUUUUGUUUAUAUACAAGCAAACAUGGAUCCCCUCUCAGCUUAAGCUCUUCCCUGAAAAGGAACACAGAGAACCAGGCACAUCAAGAUGAGAAGCUGGGAGGAGUGGCUAGAGAAGCCAAGGAGAGGUUGAAUGAGAGGCUGAGAGCACAAAGGAAAUCAGAAACCAAAAGGAACAAUAACCCAGAAAGCUUGAGGUGCAUAGAGGGAAGAACUGUGAUAUCAAGGGAUUUGCAAAUAGAGGUGUUUAGAUUAAAGAAAAAUGCGUCAAGCAGGAUGUUCAGUUGUGCAAAGCUGGGGUGGAAGGGCACAGACCAAGGUGAGUGUGCCAUUUGUUUGGAACAAUUCAAGUCUGGUGAGACCCUGGUCAACCUACCAUGCUCCCACAGGUUCCAUUCUAGGUGCUUGGUCCCAUGGCUGGAGACCAAUGCUCACUGCCCUUGUUGCAGAAUGGAGAUUUGAAUUAUACAAAAAAAACAAAAACAAAAACAAAACAAAAACAAAAACAAAAAAAACAAAAAAAGGUGUUUCAAGUUAUGUUAUUUCUCUUCUUUGUUCUGUAAAUUUUAGUCAUAAAAAUUACUUGAAUGGCCUUCCAGUUAAAAAGGAUUGGUUUGCACAAACUUCUGCAUGAUAUGAGAGUUGGUAUAUAUUGCCUGUUUUUUUCACUAUAUUA